AUGGUUUCUUCUUCGGGUAUGAGAAAGUAUCGUCGUCGUUUGUAUGAGGUUGGGAAAACCCCAGUUCAGAGUAGGAGCAUGAACCAUAGUUGUUAUCUCUCCAACAUUCAAACCGUGAGAGAAGAACUUGGGGAAGAUGUUUGGUCUGAGUUGAGGGAAUCAGCUAUUGGAGUUAUUGUGAAGCUGAAAGAGCUGCAUUAUAUUUGGUCUGCGAAAGUUGUUCACCAUUUCCUUGCCAAUCAAUUGGCAAUCGAGAGCAGUCAUGAGAUUUGGUCUUUGAUAGAUGAUUCUAUGCCAUUGCGUUUCUCUUUGUAUGAGUUUGGAGAGAUUACAGGUCUGAAUUGUGAUCCUUUCGACAAGCAUGACGUUUGGGAUGUGGAUCAUCAAGAGUUUUGGCUGGAGAUGAACGUUCGGACAUCAGAUGGACCUACAUUGCAAGAGUUGCAAGCCAUAUUCCCGAUUUGCAGAAACUGGCCUCGAGAGAAGCGAGUGAUGAUUGGAUUGUUGUGUCUGCUAUCCAUUGGCAUAUUUGGCAUUUCAAGCAACAGCAGAACUCCUUUGCAUUUUGCUAAAUGGGUGAUGGACACUGCAGCUUUCCAGCGAUAUCCAUGGGGCCGUGUUGGAUUUAGCAGCCUUGUCGAGUCCAUUAAAGUACUCACAUAUGAAGCAAAGAAGAGUUACACGCUUCACGGCUGUGUUCAUGCACUCUUAAUAUGGAUUUAUGAGUGUGUCCCUGGUUUAGGAGAUAUAUAUGGGAAUAGGAUUGAGGGAGCUGAUGUUCGUGUGAGGCAUAUGAUUAUGAAGCCAGUGGAGGAUAUAUAUCCGAAGUGGGACAAUGAUAAAAUAUAUACUGAUCUGGAUAACAUGAUAAAAGACAUCUUUAAUGGUCAGCUAAAUGAGAAGUUUUGGGAUGCAAUGCCCACUACCAAAUGCCAGAAGAGAAAAAAUGGUGUUGCCGCAUCUGUUGUUCCAAACCAGAGGCCUUCUACUAAGCGAAGAAAAGACAAAGAACCUGCUGAUGGAGGUGAAGCAUCUGAUAUGGCUGCAGAUCACAACGUCGCCAUAAGUGGGUUAGCUGACUUGGUUAAAAUCCUCACUGCCAAAAUAGAAGGCAUCGAUGGUAGUGUAGCUGACAAGGUUACUAAAGCAUUAGAUGCUACUAUUGACUCUAAGGUGGAAGCACGACUGCGAGUAUAUGAGUCUGACUUACGGAAGCAGAUUGCAAAAUUAGAGGCACAAAUAAAUGAUAGUAAAAACAACGCUGAUGUGAACAUUGCUCCUGAUGUCGCCACCUCCAAGGCGUAUGAGGAUGAGGAUGAGGAUGAUGGUGCUUGUAGCAAUGACUUGUCAUGGAUUGUUCAGAAGAAGAUCAAUUCACAAGAUGGAUUGCCAGUUGAUUGUGUUUUGAAGAAGGAGAAAAAAGAUAAGAAGACGAUGGGUAGCACACAAAAUCUUACGAACAAGGAGGUGAUAAAGACUGAGAAGAAAGCUGGAAUUCCACUAAGAAAGACUGACAAUGGGUCAUCUUUUUGCAGGAAUUCUUCUGGUUCUUUGCUAGCUUCUUCAACCUCUUUUUUUCUUCAGUUUAAACUCUACACAGAGUCUAAUGUUUUCGACUUUGUGAAGACACAAAAAUCCAUGAAAUUACCUAUCGUUUCUUACUUUCACAGGAGGGGUAUCGAGGUUUUCCUUGACCAGGUUACGUUUUGGCAAAACGUAUGUUAG